AUGCUGACCGUCUUCCAUGAGACCAUCACUCGCCUCCUCUACUCGCUCGCCUCGCGCAAGGAGGUCGAGAGGUACCUGCGCAUCUUUAGCACCGCCAACAAGUUCGCCGUCAUCAAGGUCGGCGGCGCCAUCCUCACCCAUCAGCUCGACGAGCUCGCCCUCAGCCUCUCGUUCCUCCACCGCAUCGGCCUCUACCCCAUCGUCCUCCAUGGCGCCGGCCCGCAGCUCAACGAGCUCCUCGAGAAGGAGGGCGUCGAGCCCGACUACAUCGACGGCAUCCGCAUCACCGACGCAAAGACGCUCAAGGUCGCCCGCAAGAUCUUCCUCGAGGAAAACAUGAAGCUCGUCGAGAAGCUCGAGUCGCUCGGCAGCCGCGCCCGCCCCAUCCCCAUCGGCACCUUCUCCGCCGACUACCUCGACAAGGACAAGUACGGCCUCGUCGGCAAGAUCAACCGCGUCGACAAGGAGCCCAUCGAGAGCGCCAUCCGCGCCGGCUGCCUGCCCAUCCUCACCAGCCUCGCCGUCACCAACGACGGCCAGAUCCUCAACGUCAACGCCGACGUCGCCGCCAGCGAGUUGUCCAAGACGCUCGAGCCGCUCAAGAUUGUCUACCUCAACGAAAAGGGCGGCCUCUACCACGGCAAGACCAAGGAGCUCCUCGAGGUCAUCAACCUCGACGAGGAGUACGACGACCUCAUGAAGCAGGAGUGGGUCAAGUUCGGCACCAAGCUCAAGCUGCGCGAGAUGAAGGAGCUGCUCGACCACCUGCCGCGCUCGUCGUCGGUCGCCAUCAUCUCGGUCGACCAGCUGCAGAAGGAGCUCUUCACCGACAGCGGUGCCGGCACCCUCAUCCGCCGCGGCUACAAGCUGUACAAGAAGCACAGCAUCGAGGAGGUCGGCGCCGAGCGCCUCCGCCAGGUGCUCAAGGAGAACGACGAGGAGAUCAAGGACGGCCGCAAGAGCGUCGCCGAGUUCUUUUCCGAGAUCUCCAAGGAGCCCUACACCGUCUACGGCGACGAGCCCUUUGACUGCGUCGCCUUUGUCUCGCACCCCGAGGGCGAGAUCCCCAUCCUCAGCAAGCUCGUCGUCUCGCGCAACGGCGCCCUCAACAGCGUCAACGACAACGUCUGGAACCAGAUCCGCAAGGACCACAAGCGCCUCGUCUGGACCUCGCGCGCCGACGACGACCACCGCGCCUGGCACUACGAGCGCGCCGACGGCAGCUUCACCCGCAACGGCCGCAGCCUCUUCUACUACGGCAUCCAGGACGUCGGCGAGGUCGAGGAGAUCGUGCGCAACCUCGAGGAGAAGAGCCGCAUCGAGCGCGCCUACCUGCCGCUCAAGGCGGCCAAGCCCGCCCCCCGCGGAGGCGCUCCUGGCGGCUCCGGCACCCGUGGCUUCUCGACCAUGGCCCGACCCGGCCUCACCUCGGCUCGGGUUAUGGGCACCUCCACCGGCACCCGCGGCUACGCCACCGCCGUCGAGCGCAGCGCGCCCCUGGCCGCCACCACGACGGACAAGAAGCGUGUCGCCCUGAUUGGUGCCCGCGGCUACACGGGCCAGGCCCUCGUCUCGCUGCUCAACAACCACCCGCACCUCGAGCUCUCGCACGUCUCGUCGCGCGAGCUCGCCGGUCUGCCGCUCGAGGGCUACACCAAGUCGGCGGUCAACUACUCGAACAUUGGCGUCGAGGACCUCAAGAAGCUCGAGCGCGGCGAGGGCCCCGGCGCCCCCCCGGACGCCUACAUCAUGGCGCUGCCCAACGGCGUCUGCAAGCCGUUUGUCGAGGCGGUCCAGGAGGGCGGCAAGGACAAGAAGGACGGCCACGGCACCAUUGUCGAUCUCAGCGCCGACUAUCGGUUUGAGGCGGGAUGGACGUACGGACUGCCAGAAAUCUACUCGAGGACCUCGAUCCGGAACUCGAAGCUGAUCUCCAACCCGGGAUGCUACGCGACGAACACGCAGGCGAUUCUGGCGCCUCUGCUUUCCCACCUCUCUCCGACAUGCCACCCGACGGUAUUCGGUAUUUCGGGGUACAGUGGUGCCGGAACCAAGGCCGCACCCAGCGGCAGCACCGACUCGACAGCGACGGGGCCGGUGAGGGGCGCAACGGUCCCAAAGAUCACGCCAAAGGAUCUCGACGGUGCCGUGCGCGCCUACGCACUCACGGACCACAUCCACGAGCGCGAGGCCGGCUUCCACCUCUCCCACCUCGUCGCCAGCGACGGAGGCGCAAAGGUCAAGGUGGCCUUCAUCCCGCACGUCGCGCCUUGGUUCCAGGGCAUCGUCUCCACCGUCAGCAUCCCCCUCAACACCAAGAUGACGGCAAAGCAGAUCAAGAAGAUCUACGACGAUUUCUACGCCGGUGAAAAGCUGGUCAAGGUUGGAUACGAGGUGCCGGAGAUCAAGGACGUGGCGUUGAAGCACGGAAUCCGUCUAGGCGGGUUCCAGGUGCACAGCGAGGGCGACCGAGUCGUCGUCGUGGGCGCCAUUGACAACCUGCUCAAGGGCGCGGCUACCCAGUGCUUGCAGAACCUCAACAUCGCCCUCGGCUACGACGAGCUGGCCGGUAUUCCCCUCGACUGA